CCCACCAGCACCUACUUUAUAUCAAGACAGAGAGUGUUUAAUUCCAAAGUACUAUGCUGAGGAAAGCUGGAGUCGAGAAAAAUAAUGGUUUGUCAGUAACUGAUCUGUACAAAGAAGACCUCCAUUUUUAUUCUAUCUUACAAUUUCUUGCUAAGGAUUUCUGGAAUGACUCAUCGUAGUAUGUCCAAUUAAUACCUUUGCUGUAAAUGGGCUUUGUCAUCUGCUGAAACUUGAGACCUUUGAGUGGUUACCUGAGAUCCGAGGAGAUGACUCUCCGCAGGCCAGCUGCACAGCGAAGAGGAGCUCCAGGAUGGAGGAGAUCAGGAGAUGAGUCCCACUGGGAGAGUUUGAUGUCAGAGGGGGAUCUUUCACCUGGUGCCUCUCAGCCCAGACGUGCACCUCGGCCUCAGAGUGCCAUUGAAGGAGACCAGCUGGAACACUGGCUGGAGCACCUACGGACAAUGCAGAGCAAAGUCAGAGCCUCAGUUCGUGAUCCAUCUUUCAGUGAUCGGACUGCAUCCAUGCCUGUCCUUGACAAAGAGCCGAGCAGACAUGCUUGGAGACAAAUGGGCUUUCCCUCAUUUAGCAGGGACUCGUCUUCAUGUGGGAGUUCAAGCCUUUGCGAGAGUUCACAUGACAGCCAGGAGUCCCUCCAAACCGGGCUGUUUUUCCCUCCAGAGCGCAGAGAAAGUUGGGAGAGAGCUUAUAUCUUGCAGGCCCCAAGAAAAGAACAAGCUCAACUCAGUUAUCUCACUCCAGUGAAGAUUGGAUGGCUGCCAGUUCAGAGAAGAGUGAUGAUGGUGGCGGAUGCUAGUAGCCAAAACCCGGUUUUGGACCACUCUGCUGGCCAAAUAAAACUGAAACAACCCAUAACUCCAGCAUUCCAGAGGCAUCAAGCAACACCCUGGGAUCAGGACGGAGAGGUAGAGAGAAGUCAUACCAGUCCAAGUACCUUGGGUGUGAAGACGUGGCAGAUACCUGAUCAACGCUCUCCUGUUAUCAAAGAGGUGCCAGAACAACUGAGCUCUUCUGUUAAUGAGGGGGAUGGACCUGUUGGUUGGCAAGCUCUAAGGAGAGGCUGGACGACCAACAGGGUGUCAGCUUUCCCUGGAGGCAAUAAGUUCAAUGAGCUUCCCACAGGGACCAACUCAUAUCCCAACAGGAAGUCCCCGCUGAUGAAAACAACAAGCACACAGCCUGUCAAGCAUUCACCUCUGCAGCGCACAACUUCUGCUGAUCCCAGUAUUCAUCCCACUCUACUGCAAGAGGCAUAUGUCACAGACCCAUACAAGCCACACACUCCUUUGCACAGGACAAGCAGCGUUCAGCCUAUAAAGGCAACAGCCCCUUUAUAUAAGACCAACAACAAUACAGAGUCACUACACCUUCAGGCAAGUUCAGCUGUGACUACGCUCAUCCCUCAGAACAAAGCUGGCUUCUCCUCUAUCACAAUCUCCUCCAGAAAAGUGAGCAGAUCUGCCAGUUUACCUGGAUCUAACACUUCUUCCCAGUCCAGCAAGUCUGCUUCUCCUCCUCUAGACAACCAGCCCAUGGACGCAAACUCCAAACGACAGGUAACAGUGCAAAGGAAGGCAACUAUAAUUAAAGUUACAGAGAAAAGGGUGAUAUCCAGUCCCAGCCCAAGCACAAGUAAAAGCAGGGCAGAGACACCACCAGAUAGCCAUGCUUUGGACACAGUCGUCCGAAGAAGAAAGGCUACCAUCAUCAAAGUGACAGAGCAUAAGGAAAGCUACAGCCCCUCCAAGUUAGGGUCCAGGCAUCCAGAGUACAGACACAGCUACACCGAAGGAGCAUAUAAGGAAAACAGCACAUGGAGUCAGGGAAACCAUUCAGAAAACAAUGCAACACCUUCAUAUCACUAUCUGAACUCUAUGCCACAUUCAGCUAUCACACCAAAAACAUUUACUUCAAAUGCAGAUAAGCAUAGCACACUGCACAAAUCUACUCUGAAUCUUUUUGUCAGCAGCUCUCCUGUUAUAGCAGCACCCAUUUCCCAAGAGGUUUCUCCAAAGGCUGUUGGACAGACAUCGGACAGACCACAGAGACCUCUGAGCUGCUAUGGCAAUUUGAUUGGAUACGCUGAGCCCAGCGAGGACAAUGUUGCUCAAACAGCUGCCAGGAAAUGGAGCUUCGAGCUUCCACGAGAGACCAAUAUCAGCCUUGUGAACUCCAACAGCAGUUUCAUCAGCCCUGAAAAAGCAGUGAAAGAAGCAGGUCAGCUAAUGGUAGACACCCUUAAACAAACCAGAGAUGAACAGAAGAAAUUACCACCAUCAGUGGAUGGAAUGAGGAGAGCAUCUCCCAGUCUAACUCUCAUCAAGGCCCCGGAUCCCUGUUCCCAUCAGUCUCAAGAGGAGGUGCUUGCCCACAAUGUAGCUGCGAUCAUUGCAAAUAUCAAACUUCAGAGAAAACUCAGCAAGAAGAAAACAUCAAGUGACAAUUCUGAGAAGGACUCUGCUGCAUCACCUCAGGGAAAUACUGAUAAAAGCAAAUACACAAAGCCUGUUUCUGAGCAAAGCAAAGUCCAGCUCCACAAGCAAAGUUCAGCGGAAACUAUUUCUCUUCAGCAAGCGUUGGAGAGGUCCAGACCAGACUUCAUCAUUUGCUCCCAGGAAAGAGUGCGAGAACUGGAGCGAAAGGUGCAGGAGAGGAGGGAGCGGUCAUGUUCCAGGGAGCGACCUGCAGGCGCAGUGCUCAGGCAGAGGGGCACCCGGUUUACCUCUUUGAACGGUAACCUUUACCGACCCAGAGAUAAAGCCAUUUCUCGAAAAGAGAUGCUGUCCAGAUCCAAGAACCCACUGAUGGAUGUGAAGAGGAAAAAUGAUGAAGAGAAGAAAAGGGAGGUGUGUUUAAGCAACAGACAGCGAGUAGAGCUUUUCAAAAAGAAACUGUUGGCACAGAUCCUGCAUAGGAGCAGCAAUUAAACAACCAGCCACGUGAGGAUGAAGACAUUGAAAAGCCUGUGGAAGGAAGAGGAACAUGCUCUCCUUGUAUGAAUGAAAUAUUGCUCACAAUAUAGCACUAUUUGCCUUCCACAUUCUUUCUCUUGUGUAUUACAUUCAUGUUAUACAUUUUAACAUCUGUUUUCUAGAGGUAAAUCCAUGCCAAUCCUUCAGAAACCCAGGAGGUCACUUAACAUUGCACACUGCUAUUUUAAAGAUUUUUCCAGAACCUCCAAGACUCCUCUGCCCAUCUGGAUAAAAAAUACACAUUUUCAUGCACAAUUUUUAAAAGAAAAUAUCUUUAUUUAUUUUUCUCAGAUCAAUUUUAAUCUUUUUCAACCUCCUAGAAAAGAUGGUAAAUUAAAGCUUCCUAUUUUUGUUAAUGUGCAGAAAAAGCUAAGAUAAAUUAACACUUUUCUUCAGCUCAAUAGACACGGUUUGUAGCAGGUUAAAUGGAAUAAAAAUGUGUGCAGUGGACUGAAUGUUAGAUGCAUUUGGGUAGAGGAGUCCUAAUGGAUUCCAGAAAUGUCCUCAAAUCAACUGGAAGUGCUGUGAAAUGACUCUCUGUGCUUUUGAGAGACUGUCAUUCAUUCAUAUUCUGAGAACAGGUAGUCUCUCACUUGGUCAAUUCCUUUGUGUGCAAUUAGGCUGCCAAGACAAAUGUAUGAAAUCAUGUUUUAUGUUUCUAUUGUAAUUUCCAUCAAAUCUCACACUGACAUCUAAACCAGUAUGAUCCUUCCAUUUUUCCAUUUUUAUUUGAUUGCAAAUGGUCUCUCUCCCUCUAGAGUAGUUCAUGUAAUAGGAUGCAGGGUAACUUCUCAUGCAGUCGCUUUCACAUGAUCUCAUGUGAUGUCAAUCAGUGCUAUUAGACAUUCAUAAUGCUUCACAGUCCCAUCCAGGGCAGUUUUCGACCAUCAUCCUCAUUAUACAUCCAAUAAGCAGCCAGAGAAGCCUGAAGUGCCAUCAUUCAGUGCCAGCUAUUAGCUCUUGGAUGGAGGAAUUUGACCUCUCCUCAGUGUUAAUAGACAGUGCUCCUGAAUGGAGCCUUUGUCGCGUCUUUGUUCCAUAAUGGAUUCAGCCCCCACCGCUGUAAAUCUAGAUUUGUGUGUUUUGAUCCAGAAUUAAUGUGCUGAGAGUGAGGAUGAUGUUCAGCCACAUGCCAGAGCCGAGUAAAUUAACAAAGAUGUGUAAAUAUUUAUUUUUGGAUAAUAGACUAGGGAACAAGUGCUGUUUUCAUUACUUGUGAUUGCUUUUUUCUCAUUAGCAUUUAAG